AUGAACUUUAGUGACGCAAACGCAGACCACCUCAUAGAAGGCAAAAAACUCAAGGUGGUGUGUGAGGCCUCUCCACCGGGUAAGCCAGUGGGGGGCCUGCUGUGGCGCUGGUACAUACCGUCCCCAAACUCCUCCACUGAUCCCACAGCGCGACUACUGCCUCCGAUCCCCUCCGCCCCCCACUGUCCACCAAACUCUGACGUGGACAAUCUCUUCUUCGGGCGCGAGGUUUUCACCUAUGAGGACGUUGCGCCGGACUUUUACGUUCAAAAUCCACCUAGAAAGCUUACGAUAGAACUGAAAAAUGGUCGUCUACUCAAAGGGUUCUAUGAUGGCAGGGAAGAAUUGGUUGCUUUCGGCAAGGAAAACACAGUGCUAAAGUUUAACUGCAAAACCUCUCCCUACUUCGGAACUGUAACCAUCAAGUGGUUGAAAAAGAUGGGUGGUUUCAGCAUGCCGCUUAAUCCUACUGCACCCCAGCGAACGUUCAACUACGACAAUACCAAGAGGCAAGUUUCUGAGUCAACUCUCGAUGUAGUCAUGCCUACUCAUGAUCAAGUCGGCGUUUUGAUAUGCGAGGCCUGGGCUGAUGACAGAGUCGUGGUAGAAAAGGCUAUUCGUUUGGAUAUCCUAUAUGGCAAACCACUGAUUACCACAUAUACGCAGUCUGUCAGUGCGGCCGGUGUCAGCCUAAAGUUCGAACUGGUCUCUCAAGUAAAGGAUAACGGAGCUCUGAUCCGCUGUGUGGCCAAAAACGACGCAUCUCCCGAGGGUGUUAUGAGCGACCCUGUGACGCUUGAUAUAAUGUUUCCGCCCUCCCACGCGAAUUUGACCUCCAGACAGGGUGAGUCCGUCGCAGCAGGGGAGGAACUUGAACUGAUGUGCGAGACUGGCCUUUCUAACCCACCCGCAGCAAUAAAAUGGCGUUACUACCAUUGCAGCCCAGCAAAACUCUACUUUGAAAAGGCCUACGUCAGUAUUCCAGCAUUCAUACCUGCAGAAAAUGUGACCUCCGACACCCUUACCCGUCUUUACUCCGAAAUAGAACUCGGUGGCUGGAAAGGCUGUGCAAUGAAGCAACUUGAGGGCAUCGAUGAUCCACCAACGUCUCAAGAAAAAAAGGGCUUUCUGUCAAGAGGACGCCUCAAACUGCAGCCAAAAUGGCAAGAUCAUGCAGACUUUGUCGAAUGUUUGGCGGAGAACGACGCCUACGGACCAUUAACGGCGCAAGCAAUUAUUCGGCUGAACGUAACAUUUGCUCCGCAGUUUCUAGGUUUGCAAACCGGAUCCGAGCACAGCGUUGUUGAAGACAAAACUUCCAGUACAAUACGCCGUCAAAUGAAGUCGGCCUCGGGCGUCUUCGCCGGCAAUCCGAACGCUCGACUGCUGACUCUGUGGAAUGUGAAGCGGCGUCAUAUGAAUAAUUACACAAUAGAAGCGACCAACGCCGUGGGAACUAAAAGCAGCACUUUCAUCCUCAAUAUUACCUAUCCUCCUGAGAUGGUGUUAACCCGGAUGGUUCAUGUGAAUGUAACUUUGGGCGAUACCGCGCACCUGAACUGUGAAGUCCAUGCAAAUCCAGCGGUGGCGGAAGGCGCCUUCCUUUGGCGCCGUUUCAUUUCACCCGAAUGGAACACUGAAGGUCAUCUGGAAACAGCAGUGGCUACAGAACCCAUUGGAUGCAACAAUACCACCAUGGAGAGCACGCUGACUAUCUACGACGUGACAUCCGAUGAUGUGGGCGAGUAUGAGUGCAUCGCCAACAAUGGUAUUGGGCCGAGUACGGUUGGCAAAGUGAACCUCUACAGUUCCUUUCCCCCUUCUAUUGUGAAGUUGCCGCGGUACGCGAAGGCAGCAGCCAGUUUUGGCACUCGUCUCACCAUGACCUGUUUCAUCUUCACCGAGCCGGAACCCAUUGUGGCCUGGCUGAUGCGUCGCAAGCCCGACGGUGUCCUCGUGGCCUAUGACGCCAAGUGCGAUAAGUUCAUUGCCCCUGAUGAGAAGCCAGACUGUCUAAGGAACGCGCCGCCGGUCAGUAAACGUCGGCUGCAGGCCACUCUCGUACGUCUACGGCCGGGACAUUUCCUCGCAAAGAUGAACCUUGGCUCCGUUCAGAGCGAUGACUUUUCCGAAUAUACUUGCCAGGUCACCUCGCCAAGUGGACAAGACAGUUUUGUAAUUGCCGCAUCUGGAACUGGACCACCGGACACACCAAUGCGACCUAAUGUUCUCAACGUCACUGCCACAACUAUUCGAAUAAGCUGGAUUCAGGGUUUUGGUGGUGGCUAUAAGCAAACUUUUAGGGUGCGCUGGAAAAUCAACAAGCCGGAGGCCCACUAUAAGUAUGAGGACUUGGUAGAAAAGGAAUCAGGUGCAACUAUGCAACUAUUCAUAACAGCUUUGAAGCCUGACACGGAUUAUACAAUCAGUCUGAACGCUCGAAACGAAAUGCAUGGUGAAUCACCCUACUCUGAGGCUGUAAUUGUGAGGACAGAACUCGGUAUGCCCCCAUUUUCUUAUACAUUUACUGCUUUUGGAUAUCUUUGUGCGUUAAAAUUUGCCUUUAUCUGUUAUUCCUGUGUGGUUUUGUCAGGCUCCUGCCAGCACGUUCGAUAA